AUGGCCCGCGGUACGUCGCCGCUGCUGCAGUCGCCCGCGCCCAGCGCGGUCGCUCCUGCGCGGGUGACGAUUGGACAUGUACAACUACGAGACGUCCUGAUAUGCCCGCACGAGAAGGGCGUCGUCACAUACCCCCAUGACGGCACCAUUAUAGAACACGACAUCUACGCAUCGAGCGCGCCGCAUCGACCCCUGGCCGAGCUGGGCUUCAUCCCGAACUCGCUCUCCUCGCUCACCCUACCCGACAGCGGAGACACGCUUCUGGCGGCCGGCGGCCAGGAGGCGGAGCUCUACCUGUCGCUAUUCUCCCCCUCUUCCCAGACGUGCGGCCAGGACGGCGCCGCCCCCAGGCCCCGGCAGGGCUUCGGCAGCAAGCUGUGGGAGUCCAAGUACACGAUCAAGCACGGCUCGAUCAACAACUCGGUCCUGCUGACGUCGCUGAGCCUGACGGGCGCGCACCAGAGCAGCGCGGAGCCGCGGGUCAUCGUGAGCAACAACGACAAGACGGUCAAGUUCUUCGACAUCGCCGUGCGCCGCGAGUGGGAGGACCGCGCGGCGUCGCGGCUCGUCGACGCGGGCCAGCUGCGGCUGGAUGUUCCGGUCAACCACUCGUCGAUCUCGCCGGACGGACGGACGCUUCUGUGUGUGGGCGACUCCUCCGAGAUAUACCUGCACCGGAUCUCGGGUGGAGCGCACAUCACGGUGUCGCCGUUGGUCACCCUGUCGCUUGCACCGUACAUGCAGUCCAUCCCCUACGGUUCCAUGUCGCACUCGUCCACAAUAUCAAUACCUGCAUCUUUCUCCAGCGCCUUUUCUGCGGACGGCUCCAAGUUUGCCGUGGCAUCACAAGAGGGCGUCGUCGCUGUUUGGGACGUCCGGAGUACGAAGCCAUUGAAGGUGAUCCAGACCGACAAGAGCAGGCCCUCGAGGAGCAGCACCAGCAAUCUCGGACCAAUGGGGUGGCUAUAUGACAAUCCGUGGGACUGGUCAAGGGCACCCGGGUGGGGCGCCCGGAGUGUCAAAUUCAGCCCGGCAAGUGUUGGGCGGGAAAUUCUGACGUUCACCGAGCAUACGUCCCUCCUGCACAUCGUCGACGCGCGUACAUUCGAGACGGAGGAGGUCAUACGAGUGCCGGACUUCGAGUCAACAUCAAGCCAGCCACUGGCGCCCCGACCGCGCUCGAUAUCACCGCGCUCACAAUCUCGCCCUUCAGCAGAGUCCCUCCCACCACCCCCACCGCGGAUUGUCCUCUUCAGCGGCGCGCUCGAGGAUACCUUCAGGAUACCCACGUCGUCCAGCAGGCGACCACGGUUAGGUCAUCACCUGCGCAGUUCAGACGACGUCAACCCCGAUGACGACGCGGACGGGCUCGUGGUCAUCCCCCCGCUUGGAGAUCGCCGGAUCGAGGAUGACGUGCGGCGGCUGCUCGGGCGACACGGCCUGCGAGCACGCCUGGACCGCGACGACCACCAUGACGGCGGCGACGGCGAGGCGCGGCCAGCGGCGGACGACGCAGGCGAGGAGAUGGACGUCGACGAGCUCGAGUCGGACUGCCUGUCGUCCCAUACGCCAUCGCGCGCAUCGUCCCCUGCGCCCCCGGCGCAACAACCCAGUGCUCGACCUUCCGAGCGCUUACGCGUAUCGCGCCCAGGCCUGCUGAUGCGCCGCGAGAGCUCAGGGCCGUACAGCACGUCGCAAAGGGGGACUGGUCUGGCACGGCGGCCGCGGCGGAGUGAGACCGGCGCUGCUGCUGCGGACGUCGACCAGGACCUGGCAGGGACGUGUUUCGACCCGUCGGGCUGCCGUGUGUACGUCGCGUCCGUGAACGGGCUCGCGGAGUGGAGCGUGCGCGGGGCGGAGCAGCGGUGGUGGAUCGACUCUGCGUGGGCGUGA